AUGACUCAUGGGACCGGAAGUGGGAAGUGGAUGGAGGAAAUUAGAUCUUGGUACGGAAGAGGUGCCAACAGGAAGAGGGUUUCGAGAAUUGAUUUGGCAAGAUUUGAGUGGUGGAUUCUGAAAUUUUGCCAAGUAAGCGAUAGUGCUGACAUGGCAAGCAAAUGCACUCUUAAUAUUCCUACUGGGAUUGGCAAAUUGGUCAACCUUGAGUAUCUUUCUUUCAUAGAUAAUUAUCAUCUUUCUGGUUCCAUUCCAGUGGAAAUAGGAAUGAUGACAAACCUUCAUUGGAUUGAUUUCUCAAGCAACACUCUCUCUGGGGCUAUCCCUCCUACCAUUGGUAACUUGAGCAAUUUGCAACAAUUAUACCUUUCUAAUAACACACUCUCUGGGUCAAUUCCACCCUCCAUCUGGAACAUGUCUAACUUGACCGCAUUAGAGCUUAAUAACAAUAACCUUUAUGGAUCCAUCCCUGCUUCCAUAGAAAACUUGGCCAAUUUAGAUUCCCUUGCACUUGAUGAGAAUCACUUUUCUGGAUCCAUUCCUUCCACAUUGGGAAACUUGACAAAGCUCUUCAGAUUACACCUCGGCUUUAAUAAUUUUUCUGGACCAAUUCCUGCCUCUAUAGGUAAUCUGGUCGAUUUGAAUUACUUGAGCUUCCAUACAAACAACCUCUCUGGAACUGUCCCUGAAACAAUUGGAAACUUGAAAGGCCUCCAUGAGCUAGAAUUUUCCACCAACAAGUUUAAUGGCACCCUUCCACAGGGCAUUAAUAACUUGACAAGUUUGAAGAUGCUUUCAGUGUCCAAUAACAAUUUCAUUGGCCAUUUGCCAACUCAAAUCUGCUCAGGUGGAUUACUCUCAGACUUCAAUGCUGAGAACAACCAUUUUACUGGAUCAGUGCCAAGAAGCUUGAAGAGUUGUUCUAACAUUGCUAGACUCACAUUACAGGGAAACCAGUUGGAAGGUGACAUUGCAGAAAUUUUCGGCAUAUAUCCGAAUUCAGUACAUAUUGAUCUGAGUGAUAACAAGUUUUAUGGCCAGAUUUCACCAAACUGGGGAAAGAGCCCUAAGCUUCAGAGCUUGUACAUGUCCAACAACAAUAUUUCUGGUGCUAUACCACCACAAAUUGUUGAGGCUACUAAUCUGGGUAUGCUUCGCCUUUCUUCAAACCAACUGAAUGGAUGGAUUCCAAAAGAACUAGGGAAUAUGAAAAACUUGUUCGAACUCAGUAUCAGUAACAAUCAUCUCUCAGGAAGCAUUCCACCAGAAAUAGGAUCAUUGAAGAAUCUGACAUUCUUGCGCCUAGCAGGAAAUGAGUUGAGUGGCAACAUACCAAGAGAAGUUAUGCAGUUACCCAAAUUGGUUGAAUUGAACUUGAGCAUCAACAGACUAGAGGGA